GACUUAGAGUUUUAUUUAGCUUGUCUCUCAAACUGGUGGUGUUCUUUUCCUAUGUAUAUAUACAUGUGAAGAAUUCUUGUGGAACAAAACUGCCGAAAUGUCCCAGGUGCAUGAAAGUGAAACCCCUGAAGAUAAGGUGGUCGAAAUUUUGUCCAGGUUGCCACCCAAGUCUCUGAUGCGAUUCAAAUGCAUACGCAAGUCUUGGUGCACUCUCAUCAAUAGUCCAAGUUUUGUGGCCAAACACCUCAACAAUUCCGUGGACAACAAACGCUCAUCCAACACUUGUAUCCUUCUCAACCGUUCUCAGAUGCCCGUUUUCCCAGACAACAGUUGGAAAUAUGAAGUUUUUUGGUCCAUGAUUAGUCUUUCCAUUGAUAGUGAUGAGCACAACCUUUAUUAUGAUGUUGAGGACCUAAAUAUACCGUUUCCAAUGGAAGACCAUCAUCCUGUAGUGAUUCACGGUCAUUGCAAUGGGAUUGUCUGUGUAAUAACAGGGAAAAAUGUUGUUUUAUGCAAUCCUGCAAUUGGGGAAUUCAGGCAACUUCCCGAUUGCCUCCUUCUACCCCUUCCCAACAUAAAAUUCCAAUUGGAGACGAGCUUUGGAGGAUUGGGAUUCGGCUAUGAUUGCAAAGCUAAAGAAUACAAGGUUGUGCGAAUUACAGAAAAUUGUGAGUAUUCAGAUGCUGAACGAACAUAUUACCAUCGUAUUGAUCUUCCUCAUACGGCUCAGGUAUACACCACGACUGCUAACUCUUGGAAGGAGAUCAAGAUUGAUAUAUCAAGUAAAAGCUAUCUCGAUUCUUGUCCAGUGUACUUGAAGGGAUUUUGUUAUUGGAUUGCAAAUGAUGGCGAGGAAUUCAUACUUUCAUUUGAUUUAGGUGAUGAGAUAUUUCAUAGAAUACAAAUGCCUCUUGGGAGAGAAUCCAGUUUGCAGUUUUGUAAUCUUUUUCUGUAUAAUGAAUCCCUUGCUUGUUUUUGCUCUCUUUACGGUCCAAGUGACAAUUCUAGAUUAUUUGAAAUAUUUGAAAUAUGGGUAAUGGAUGACUAUCACGGAGUUAAGAGUUCAUGGACAAAACUCCUAGCCAUUGGACCCUUUAAACACAAUGAGAAUCCAUUGACAUUUUGGAAAAGUGACGAGUUUCUUAUGGCUACCUCAGAUAGAAGAGUCACCUCUUAUAAUUCGAGUACCAGAAACCUCAAGUAUCUUCAUAUUCCUCCUAUUAUGAAUGAGGUUAUAGAUUUACAAGCUCUUAUUUAUGUGGAAAGUAUUGUUCCAGUCAACUGAGUUGAGGGCAAAAUUUCAUUUUCUCCUAUUUAAUUUGUAUAGGCUUGAGUUUGCAUCUUCUAAUUUUUCUUUGGGGCCUUUGUACUAUGUUUGCUUAUCAUGGGCUGCCUUUCGUUUUUUGGCUUUCCAUAUUUUUAAUGUUUUUUUAUUUGGAAG